AUGCUGUUCCCGGAAGAAGAUGCGCCACUGCUAAAGACAUGGAUCGUCAAGCGCAUCGAAAACACAUCCGAUGCAGAUUCUGAUGUGCUUGCCGACUAUGUCAUUGCUCUGCUCAAACACGAUGGCGACGCCGACUCGGUGCGACAGCUUUGCGAAGCUGAGAUUCCCGACUUUUUGACCGAAGAUCCAAAGGCCUUCCUCGACGAUGUUUUCCAAGCGAUCGCGUACAAGUCUUAUCGACCGGGUGCUCCACCGCCCCCGAAGCCUGCCGCCAAUGCCAUUGGCGCUGCGGCUCCUCCUCUUCCUGCGUUUUCGGGUGUGCAGAGUGCUGCGCCGCACCAAGGUGGCUCGAGGAAGCGAGGACUGCCAGAUGACAUGGAUUACGAGGGACAGCAGCCGGCGUAUGGCAGGGGAUACAAGCAACCCAGACGAGGCUCGAACCAUGGGAGGAUGGACGACUCUACUAUGGGCGGAUACGUGUCUGUGGACUCAAUGCCAGGCAUGAAGCACUUCGAUCCCAAGAGUGCUCUUGAAACCAUCAUGCAGAUGCAGGCUAUGGGACUUCCCUAUCCUGGCAUGGCAGAAUUCAUGGCACAGAUGCCUCCCGUUGGUGGUGGACGACAUUCGCAGCGGCGGAGAGGACGAUGUCGAGACUUUGAUACUAAGGGAUACUGUUCUCGUGGAAACCAGUGCAUGUAUGACCAUGGGAACUCUUCCGUCUACGUCCCCCCCAUGUUUUCCGGAGUCGAAGAAUACGAUCCCAACAAUGCUGUACUUGGCAUGUCAGGUCAAGCCGCAAACCCUUACUCAUUCCCUAUGGACAUGAUGGGUCGUGGUCGAGGUCGUAGCGGUCGUGGUGGCCGCGGAGGACGUGGCGGGAAGAAAGGGGGCGCGCGAGCCCCCUUUUCGGCAGAAGGUCCCGUUAGCGAUCGCACCAAGAGCACCAUCGUUGUAGAAAACAUCCCCGAGGAAAAUUUCGAUGAAAAUGAGGUUCGCGUGUUCUUUUCACAAUUUGGCGAAGUGGUCGACGUCUCGAUGCAGCCGUACAAGCACCUGGCAAUUGUGAAAUAUGACAAGUGGGCGUCAGCGAAUGCAGCAUAUCGAUCGCCAAAAGUCAUUUUUGAUAACCGAUUUGUCAAGGUCUUUUGGUACAAAGAAGAAGGUGUCAAGGCGCCAUCCUCGACAGCGGGGAAUGGAGACGGUGUGCUAUCUAAAAUCAACGGCGAUGGAUCUGCCGUACCAACAGAACCUGAGGCUGAGAUUGACAUGGAAGAAUUUCAGCGGAAGCAGGAAGAGGCACAAAAGCAGUACCAGGAGAGAGAAGCAAAAAGAACAGAUUUAGAACGACAGCGUCAAGAGUUGGAGAAGCAGCAACAGGAGUUACUGGCAAGGCACAGAGAAGAAAGCGAGAGACUGAAAGCGAGACUGGCAGAAAAGAGUGGCGCAACGACAGAUGCUAAAGCUACGGGGUCUUCAUCAUCAACGGAUAUGUUACGUGCUCAGUUGGCAGCAUUGGAGCAGGAGGCCAAGAUUCUCGGCAUUGACCCUGAUGCGGCAGAAGAUGGGAGUGGCUACAGUUCGCGAGGUCGAGGAUAUAGAGGGCGCGGUGGACGGGGUAGCGACCGAGGUUUUGCACCUCGAGGCCGUGGCUCGUUUAGAGGUCAGGCGGGAAGACAUGCUGCGUACGCUCAGUACUCGCUGGAUAAUCGACCAAGGAAGCUGGCCGUUGCCGGCGUUGACUUUACUCCCGCUGAUAAGGAUGAGGCUCUUCGACACUUCCUCUUGAACCUGGGUGAAUUCGAAUCUGUAGAAACCACUGCUUCUGUCACAUACGUAUCUUUCCAAGAUCGUAAGACAGCUGAGAGAUUUUAUUACAGCCUGAAUGGCAAAGAACUACCUGGCGUUAGUGGCACUCUCGAACUCUCCUGGAUCAACACCCCGUUACCACCCGUUGGAUCCUCCAAAAAGAAUGAGGAUGCUGAAGAUGGCGAUGCAAUGGCGGGAUUGAAUGACGAUGAGGGGAAUGCGGACGCUGGCUCGCCGGAAGAGCAUAUGCGGGAGCGACAGGUAGACAUGGACUAUGAUGUCGGUGAUGAGGAGGGUUGGGUUGAAUGA